UGCAAUGUGAAGUUGGGUUGUUGAUGCGAACACGUCACACCCACAAGAAAAAAUCAUAAUUCAUGCUUGUUUCUUUAUUUACUACUCCCUACUGGCAUUUAUUUUGGACCAAAUUGAUUCGAUGAGUACCGCCGCAAUCUCUGUCGUGGGUCCGGCCAGUUUGAGUUGGGGCCAGAGGACAGGCCGACGACGACGUCCGCCGCGAGCGGCUCUGGUGGAGGCGGCGAAGCCCCCCCGAUCACUAGAGGAGGUAAGUGUUGCCCGAUUGAGAGACUCUUUCAGAGACCGAGCCGAUGAUAUGCAAGCCGAGGCGGCGGCAAUGGCUCGAGCCGCGGAUGCUUCUGUCUACAGCGCGGAGCUUCUGUCCACCAAAUACGGCUCCCGCCCAAUCAAGGUGGCUCAGAGGGCUUUCGAGAUUUUUGCAGGGCUGGGCUCCUUCGCCUUUGCUUUGUGGCUGGACCAGCUCCAGGGCCGCCUCGAUCAGAACCAGAGGCGCCGAGCCGCCAAUCUUAGGAAUACUUUCACUCGAUUGGGCCCCACUUUUGUCAAAAUCGGACAAGGUCUAUCCACCCGCCCCGAUUUGUGCCCACCCCUUUACAUUGAGGAGCUUUCUCAGCUGCAGGAUGCUUUGCCAACAUUUCCGGAUGAACAAGCUUUUUCGUGCAUUGAGAGAGAGUUGGGAUGUUCGCUUGAUUCGGUUUACUCAUCAAUCUCUGCAUCUCCGAUUGCUGCUGCUAGUUUGGGCCAGGUUUACAAGGCCCGGUUGAACUACUCGGGCCAGGUUGUUGCUGUCAAGGUGCAAAGGCCUGGCAUUGAAGAGGCUAUUGGUCUUGACUUUUACCUGAUCAGAGGCGUUGGUUUCCUCAUAAACAAGUAUGUCGACAUUGUUACUAGUGAUGUUGUUGCUCUCGUUGAUGAAUUUGCUCGAAGAGUUUAUCAGGAGCUGAAUUAUGUACAGGAGGGGCAAAACGCUAGGAGAUUUAAAAAGCUGUAUGCGGACAAAGCAGAUGUCCUCGUUCCAGAUAUUUUCUGGGACUACACAAGUGGAAAGGUGCUGACUAUGGAGUGGGUUGAAGGAGUGAAACUAAACGAGCAAGAAGCCAUCGAAAGACAAGGGCUCAAAGUUUUGGAUUUAGUGAACACUGGCAUACAGUGCAGUCUUAGGCAGCUGCUUGAGUACGGCUACUUUCAUGCAGAUCCCCAUCCGGGGAAUCUCUUAGCAACGCCUGACGGAAAGCUUGCUUUUCUUGACUUUGGAAUGAUGAGUGAGACUCCUGAGCAAGCUAGAUCUGCCAUAAUUGGUCAUGUCGUUCAUAUGGUCAAUCGAGAUUAUGAAGCCAUGGCUCGUGAUUACUAUGCUCUGGACUUUUUGUCUCCGGAUGUAGAUGUUACUCCUAUUGUGCCAGCUUUGAGGAAUUUCUUUGAUGAUGCACUCAAUUCAACUGUGAGCGAGCUCAACUUUAAAACGAUUGUGGAUGGCUUGGGCGCUGUUCUCUACCAAUUCCCAUUUAACGUGCCUGCAUAUUAUGCUUUGAUUUUAAGGUCUCUCACUGUUCUAGAAGGCUUAGCUCUGUAUGCUGACCCUAAUUUUAAGGUGCUCGCUGCGUCGUAUCCAUAUUUUGCGAAAAGGCUUCUUACCGAUCCCAAUCCAUAUCUCAGAGAUGCUCUUAUUGAACUGCUUUUCAAGGAUGGGAGAUUCAGGUGGAACAGACUUGAAAACUUGCUUGAACAGGGAAGAAAAGACAGAGAUUUCAAUGCCAAAGAUGCUUUACAACCUGUUCUUAAAUUACUACUGGGGCCGGAUGGUGAAGUACUUCGGGUUUUAGUAAUUAAAGAAGCAAUCCAAGUAACUGAAGCCAUUGUUGUGGGCUCAGCGAUUGAAUCAUACAAAUUAGUUCCUGAUGUGAUAAGGACUCUUGUUUUUAAUAUCAAUGGAACUACUAGUCCGUUUGUAAUGAACAGUGCUGAACAGGAAAGUAUGAUGGAGCUUAGGGCUCAAGUAUUCAGAAUAUGGGAACUCUUACGAUCGUCAGAUAACUUCGAUCCGAGUAUUUUCCAGCCUAUACUACAGGUACUGCAAGAACCGGAAGCAAGGCAACUUGGCGGACGUGUGGCUGGUGGAAUUACUCAACGUCUGGCUGCUCGCUUACUGCAGCAAGUUCUCCGGGAUCCACCAGCCGCCACUUCUCCAACAUUGUAACUGCUCUUCCCAUCUGUUGUCAUAAUAAAAGUGAUUCUUAAUCUUAUACCAAGAUCAGUCUGAAUAUAAAUUUAAUCUUUAGCUUGUAUAUCAUUCUUCUUUUGUAAACCUGAAGUGAUGAUAUGAUUCGUUGCCUAUCAGUAUGUAAAUUUUGGGGCUCAAUAGGUUUAUCUUGUAUAUCUCUGUAUCAUGUAGUAAGAUAUAAAUGGCGAAAAUCGUGAAAUGAUUAUACUAGCAUUCUUCGCAUAUUUCAGUUCA